GCGACCGCUUUCUGCACCGUGGGGAUGCUAGUGAACAAGGAUUUCCAGGCGAUUCCACGUGAAGCAAGGCACUCCGAAUGGGGGGAGUCUAGAUACUACGUGAUACUUGUUUGGAACGCCGUGGUAUGGCAAUCCUUCUUCUUGGGCACAGUGGGUGUCAUCUUCUGCGUGAACACGCUGCUCGCCGCCAUCCUCAUCUCGGUGUUCAUCCCGGUGACCGAGGUGUUGGGUGUCGUCUUCUUCAAAGAAAACUUCAGCAGCGAGAAAGGCGUCGCUCUCGCCCUCUCACUCUGGGGUUUGGCCUCCUACUGCUGCGGAGAGUACAGGCAAGAAAAGGAUAAGAAAGACAAAGCAGCUCCCAGUAAUCAGGUUGCUUGAACUGCUGUCCUAUUGUGAUCAAAGAGAAACAUUAAUGGCUCGCUACGUAUUGAUUAGAGGUUGAUGAUGGUGUGUAAAUGGAUAUGGACAGGAUAAGAACUUGUCCAUGAAACCUUCGAGAGCUUCCAAUGUACUUUUGGAAUCAUAUUAGCAA